UACUACUAUAUAGACAGAAUAGAAAUUAUUUCUAUUUGACCUUUUUCUUUCAUUUUUUUUUUUUUUUUUUUGAGAUGGAGUCUUGCUCUGUCACCAGACUAGAGUGCAGUGGUGCAAUCUCGUCUCAUUGCAACCUCUGCCUCCUGGGUUCAAUUGAUUCCCCUGCCUCAGCCUCCCGAGUAGCUGGGACUACAAGCGUGCACCACCAGGCCCAGCUAAUUUUUAUUUAUAUUUUAGUAGAGACGGGGUUUCACCAUGUUGGCCAGGAUGGUCUUGAUCUCCUGACCUCAUGGUUUAUCCACCUAGGCCUCCCAAAGCCUUUUUCUUUUUUCUGCUCUAAUUGUCAUGAACAUAUGUAAUGGCUGUAGGUUUACUUAAAAAGAAUCAACUUGGAAUGCUCAUUUGGUUUAUUUUCUUUCUAAUUCUCCAUAUUAUUUUUAUGUGAGGAAUGGAGAUAAUUUACAAUUUUUAUUGUGUGCUUAUACUUUCAUUCAUUAGCAUAGUUAUUUGAGUUCCCACUAAAUGUAGGGAUUUGUCUCUAAAGGCCAUGGUUAACACAAUGAAGAUGUUUCAACAUCCCUACAUUUAGUGGGAACUCAAAUAAAAGAUAUACCUUGAAACUAUUGUGGGUUCAGUUUCAGACUACCACACAAAGCAAAUAUUGUAGUAUAUUGAGUCAGACAAAUUUAUUUUGUUUCCUAGAGCAUAUAAAAAUUAUGUUUACACUAUACUAUAAACUAUUUAGUGUGCAAUAGCAUUAUGUCUAAAAAAAAGUGUAUACCUUAGAUAAAAAAAUACUUUAUUGCUAAAAAAUGCUAAUAAUCAUUUGAGCCUUCAACAAUUUAUAAUGUUUUUGCUGAUGGGGGAUCUUGUCUAAUUUCAAUAGCUAUUGAUUGAUUGGGGUGGUAGUUACAGAAGGUUGGGGUGGCUGUGACAACUUCUUAAAGAAGACCACUAUGAAGUUUUUCACGUCAAUUGACUCUUCCUUUCAUAAAAGAUUUCUGUGUAGCAUGCAAUGCUUUUGAUAGCAUUUUUUUCCUGAGUAGAACUUCUUUCAAAAUUGAUGUCAAUCCUCUUAAACACUGCCACAGCCUUAUCAACUAAGGUUAUGGAAUAUAUAAAUCUUUUGUUACCAUUUCAACAAUGUUCAUAGCAUCUUCACCAGGAGGAGAUUCUCUCUAAAGUAACCAUUCGUUCAUCCAUAAGAAACAAGACCUCAUCCAUUCUCUUUGUUAAGAGCUUGCAGCAAUUCAAUCACAUCAUCAAACUCUACUUCUACUUUUUGUUCUUUUGCCAUUUCCACCACAAGUAUAAGAUCACUAAUUGCAGAUCACAAUAACAGAUGUAACAAUAAUGAAAAAGUUUGAAAUAUUGAGAGGAUCACUAGACUGUGACACAGAUACACAGACUAAACGCAUGUUAUUAAAAGAUGGCUCUGAUAGGCCAGGUAUGGUGGGUCACAGCUGUAAUCCCAGGACUUUGGGAGGCCAAAGCAGGUGGAUCCCUUAAGGUCAGGAGCUCAAGACCAGCCUGGCCAACACGGUGAAACUCCAUCUACUAAAACUACAAAAAUUAGCUGGGUGUGGUGGCAGAUGCCUGUAAUCCCAGCUACUGGGGAAGCUGAGGCAGAAGAAUUGAUUGAACCCAGGAGGUAGAGGUUGCAGUGAGCUGCGAGAUCAUGCCACUGUACUCCAGCCUGGGUGACAAAGUAGAAAACACUGCGUUCAAUUUAAUCUGAUGCACAAUAAAAUGGAGGACCAUAAAAUGUGCUAUGCUUGCACUUACAAUAAAAAGUAGUGUAACAGAUGCUAAUUUAGUAGAUAAGUGUGGCUAUAUUCCAAUAACUCUUUUAUCAGAAAGUAUUAUACUUAAAUAUAUUCCCAGAUACCAAUAAGUUUUAAUGUAAACUAAUACCAUAAUGUUUAUCACAAUUACUUGCACAUAGUGGAAGAUAACACAGGGUCAUGCAGUUGACUAAAACUAUGCCAGAAAAAUAAUAACUGGAGGUUGAGAAGUGGCAAAGUAAGGUUGACAGGAAUUGAGUUAAACCUAAGGAAAAUGAAGUCCUAUCAACGAUUAGAAAAGAAACAAGGAGCCAGGCAUGGUGACUCAGGCCUGAAUCCCAGUACUUUGGUAGGCGGAGGAGGGUGGAUCACGAGGUCAGGAGAUGAGGAUCAUCCUGACUAACACAGUGAAACCCCAUCUCUACUGAAAAUGCAAAAAAUUAGCUGGGCAUGGUGGCAUGUGCCUUUAGACCCAGCUAUUUGGGAGGCUGAGGCAGGAGAAUCACUUGAACCCAGGAGGCGGAGGUUGCAGUGAGCUGCGAUUGCACUUCUGCACUCCAGCCUGGGUGGCAGAGCAACAGUCUGGAUGGAAGGACUUUUAUUAUUGUUGUUGUUGUUAUUAUUAUUAUUAUUAUUAUUAUUAUUAUUGAGACAGAGUUUCACUGUUGUUGCCCAGGCUGGAGUGCAGUGGCACAAUCUUGGCUCACUGCAACCUCCACCUCCCGGGUUCAAGUGAUUCUUCUGCUUCAGCCUCCUUAGUAGCUGGGAUUAUAGGCAUGUGCCACCACACUCAGCUAAUUUUUUGUAUUUUUAGUAGAGGUGGUGUUUCACCAUGUUGGCCAGGCUGGUCUUGAACUUCUGACCUCAGGUGAUCCACCCACCUCGGCCUCCCAAAGUGCUGAGAUUAUAAGCGUGAGCCACUGUCCCCGGAGGAAGAAUUUAUAUUAUGAAUAUAAGCAGGCUUACUGGUGGUAAGUUAGGUGUGGUGCCAGAUAGUGGAGCAAACUAGUCUGGGGGAGACAGGAGCUAGCGUCCUUAGUACUGGAGCCAGGUUGCUGUGGCAGGAGCAGUCUCCCAAAGAGAGCAAGGUGUGGGAGAAAGAGGAAAGACUCAGUUUCUAGCUCUCUAUUUCCACAUUACUCAGAAAGCAGACAACUGUCUCAGGCUGUCUAUUAGGGCUUUCAGUCGAAGAUGCUUAAAAAAAUUUUAAAGAUUCACUCUCCCCAUUCCACUCUAGCAUUCUUCCACCUACUUGCAGAUAAAAUUAUAAGUAGGGAAUCCACAAAGAGAAUAAAAGUUUUAAAUUUACAUAAGUAGUGGAAAUAACAGUAUAAUACAAAUGAAUUCUGGUUUAGAAAAUCAGGCAGCAAAUACGAGGGAACUUCAAAAAGUUCAUGGAAAAACUGAAAGAUAAAAAUAGGCCAGGACCAAGCAGAGUGAAUCACACCUAUAAUCCCAUCACUUUGGGAGGCCAAGGUGGGUGGAUCACUUGAGGUCUGAAGCUCAAGACCAGCCUGGCCAACAUGGUGAAACCCCAUCUCUACUAAAAAUACAAAAAAUUAGCCAGGCCUGGUGGUGUACACCUGUAAUCCUAGCUACUUGGGAGGCUGAGACAGGAGAAUCAUUUUAACCCAGGAGGUGGAGGUUUCAGUGAGCUGAGAUAGGGCCAUUGCCCUCCAGCCUGGGCAACAGAGAAGACUUCAUUUCAAAAAAAAGAAAAAAAAACCAGGUGUGAUGGCUCACCCUGUAAUCUUGACACUUCGGGAGGCCACGACAGCAGGAUGGCUGGAGCCUAGGAGGUCGAGGCUGCAGUGAGCCAUGAUCUUGCCACUGUACUCCAACCUGGGCAACAAAGUGAAACCCUUUCUCAAAAAAGAAAACAGAUAAAAAUAUAAAACAAACUUUGUUUUUCAACAUAAGCUCCAUCAAGUUUAAGACACUUUUGUAAGCAAUGAUAUCAGCUAUUGAGUCCAUCCCCAAAUAAAUAAGGGUCCUGGCUAUUUAAUCAUGUUAAUGCAGUCUGUUUACAUUGUUAACUAAAGAAAAAUGGGUACCCUUUAAAAAAUUUUUUUUAAAGAUUAGGAAAGAACAAGUCAGAAGAGGACAAAUUAGAACUCAAAGGUGGAUGCCUAAUGAUUUGCAACAUUGAAAUUCAAAAUUGCCCGUGUUUGAUGAGAGGAAUGAGCAGGAGCAUUGUCCUAGUGGAGAGGCAAUCUCUGGCAAAGCUUACCUGGGCAUUUUUCUGCUAAAACUUUGGCUAUCUCUACACACUCUCAUAAUUUUUUUUUUUUUUUUUGGUAGAGACAAGGUCUUGCUAUGUUGCCCGGACUGAUCUUGAACUCCUGGCCUCAGUGAAUCCUCCUGCCUUGGCCUUUGAAAGUGCUGGGACUACGGGUAUAAGCCACUGUACCCAGCCUCAAAACACCUUUGUAAUAAGCAGAUGUUGUUUUUUGGCUCUCCAUAAAGUCAACAAGAAAAAUGCUCUAAGCAUCCCAAAAAAAAGUUCCCAUGACCUUUGCUUUUGACUAAUCUGCUUUUAUUUUGACUGGAUCACUUCUGCCUCUUGGUAGCCAUUGCUCUGUUUGUGCUUUGUCUUCAGAAUUGUCUCCUGGUAAAGCCAUAUUUCAUCUCCUGUUACAAUUCUUGGAAGAAAUGCUUCAGGAUCUUGAUCCUGCUUGUUUAAAAUUUUUAUUGAAAGACAACUAAAAUUUUAAGUAGGAAAACUACCAAGAGAACAAAAGUACUCUUGUCUGUUGCUGAUCUGAGUGCCUAUCAAGUUUCAGUACCUAUCAAGUGGAAAGUUGGCUCAAGUUUAAUUUUUCUGUCAGCAUUGUGUAAGCUGAACCUACUGAGACAUCUAUGAUGUUGGAUAUUGUAUUAGUCCAUUAUCAUACUGCAAUAAAUAACUACUUGAGGCUGGGUACGUGGCUCAUGCCUGUAAUCCCAGCACUUUGGGAGGCCAAGCCAGGUGGAUCACCUGAGGUCAGGAGCUCAAGACCAGACUGGCCAACAUGGUGAAACCCCAUCUUUACUAAAAAUACAAACAUUAGCUGGGCAUGGUGGUGAGCAUCUGUAAUCCCAGCUACUAGUGCAGCUGAGGCAGGAGAAUCAGGGAGGCAGAGGUUGCAGUGAGCUGAGAUAAUGCCACUGCACUCCAGCCUGGGUGACAAGAGUGAAACUACAUCUAGAAAAAAAGAAAAAGAACUACCUGAGAGUGGAUAUUGUAUAAAGUAAAGAAGUUUGACUCACAGUUCCUCAGGCUGUACAGGAAGCAUGGCUGGGGUGCCUCGGAAAAUUUAAAAUCAUGGCAGAAGGGGAACACAGCUGAUCUUCACAUUGCCAGCAGGAGACAGCAAGCAAAGAGGGAGGUGCUACACACUUUCAAACAAUCAGAUCUCAUGAGAACUCUGUCAUGAGACAGCACUAGGGCGAUGGUGCUAAACCAUCAGAAACCAUGCACAUGAUGCAGGCCCCUCCUCCAACACAUCCUCUCGUUACAAUUCUACAUGAGAUUUGGGUGGGGACACAGCCAAAUCAUAGUAGAUAUUGUCUGUGCUAUAAUCACUGGUACUCUUUAAUGAGAGCACAUACAAGAUGAAUUUUUUCCUCCCGAAUUGCUGUGAAUGAUCUGCUUCAGGCUUCAUCUUCAACAUUGUCUCAUCUCUUAAAAUGAGUUAUCCAUUUGUAAGCUGCAGAUCUCCUUGGGGUAUUGUGCCCAUAACCUUAUUCGAAGCAUCAGUGAUUUCACCAUUCUUCCACCCAAACCUCACCAUAAAUUUGAUGUGUGUUCUUUCUUCAAUUUUAGCAGAAUUCAUGUUUCUCUGAUAAAAGGGAUCUUUUCUAACUGUCUUAUUCUUGUUAGUGUCCCUCACCAGGUCCUUUUCAGACAUGUUAUAAAAAGUUAGUUUAUUCUGGUGCAAAAAAAAAUUUGACAUCCAUACACACUUUUAAUAAUAUAUAUUUUCUAUGAAAAUUUUGAAGAACACUUUAUAGAUGAAUUACAGGUUAUCAAAGUUUUCCUGGAUUUUUCAGGCUUUAUUCUUAACAGUUUUCAAGAGAAAGGGCUUGGAGAAACCAAAGAACGAAAAGGGUUGCAGAUAGAGUUUUGAGGGAAAGAAAAAUUGACAUACUCACGUCUUUAACCUGGGCAACAAAAGUUAUGAGUCAAGGUAUUUCAUCACAUGACUUAGAUUUUAUGAUGAAAGUUAUCGAUAACUUAGGUUUUAUGAUGUUUUUGUGGGUUUUUUUUUUUUUUUGGUCAUUUUAGAAGAGGGAAGUUUUAACUGCCACAUCACUGAACAGUGCCCCAUUCCCUAUUCUCACCACUGGUAUGGUUGAUCUUGUUUUUCUUAAUGUGGUACAUAUUAAUAAAAUUUAUGAGAUCUAAGGCCUAUUGCAUUUGAGAGAUUAACCAACAUAAAUUGUAUGCUUUUAUAAAACCUGUUAAAAUGGCAAAAAUGGUUUGACAUCUUUAAUGAACAAAGUGAUCUAAACUUCAUAAUAUGAAUUGGCAUUACCUUGAACACAUUGCAUCGUGAUUACAUGAAAGAUUUGCUGAAAUGGUCAGAGACUACUACAUCUUAAUAGUAAACAGUUGUCUUGUUUGUUUCUUUAGUUUUUUUGUUUGCUGCUUAGCAUCAGGACACCCGCCCCUUGUGUGGGAAAUACACAAUUUUGUGACCCUAUGGGUUGAAACCCAAAAAGCCUGAUGCUUUUUCUCAUUCCUAGCAACCAAGGGAUAGGACCAAAUUGGGUCAAUUGAAUGCCCUUGCCCCUAACUGUGAACAGAGUAGUGUUAUGAAGAAGGAAUAAGAGAUUAGAAUCAAUGCCAGUAUCCUCCAUUACCCCAUCAUGUCCAGUACCUGUGGUCCCUUAGCCAGCCUGUACCUUUGGCCAUGGUACCAGCUAACUACUUUCCCUAUGUCCCCAAGUUAUCUGGUAACCAUUCAGGAAAUUAUUUUCCUAAAGUAUACAAAAAACAGUGUCAGUUUUCUCCUGACUGAUUCAGUCACACUUCAGAGAUGUAGGAAGACUAUUAGCAGCUGAGGGAUGCUGCCAAGGCCAGUGUCUGGGCUCUGCAGUUUUCUAACUUGUGAUAUUGGGUCACCCCACUAAGCAGGAGAGCAGCGACUCCAUCUGGCUUAAUCAUUAUGGGAUGGCCAGCUCCCAGCUCCAUGCCCUAGGCAAACAGACAUUCAGUGCAUAUUUAUUUGACUUUGACUCGAUUGAAGAGAACAGUAACACUAUACCCUAGGUUUGCUCAGUAUCUAUUACAGAUUUUGAUCCUGACUGCUUUUAGUCUUAAUUUUUUUUAGCAAGAAAGAACUAAGAAUGAUGACACUAGGCUUUAAAUUCGGGUAAACAGGAGGCUGGGUUCUUUGCCUAAGCAGAAAUGAGGAAGUCAAGAGGAAGAGAUUAAAUUUCUGUUGUAAUAAAUUGAAUCUGCUAAAUGCCAUGGCUUUUUAAUUUUCUUAAUCACAAGUUAAACCGGUUAUGUUGCUGCCUAGAUGGCUAUAUAUUUGUUUAAAGUACAGCAGUCCCUCCUACUGGACUUUGAUCCUGCAAAAACAACUGUUAUCUAACUCACCCUCAGACUGUAACUGGAACACCUGCAUGAAGAAUAUUCUUUCAUUUUUUAAAAAAGGUUUUGCAUAUAUAUGAUUGAAGCUUUCAAAAUGAUUAGAAAACUUUUUAUUGUUCUACUUUUGUUGCUUGUGACUAUAGAAGAAGCAAGGUUAUUAUCUCUCAGUUUUUUGAAUAUAGAGAAAACUGAAAUACUAUUUUUCACAAAGACUGAAGAAACCAUCAUUGUAAAUUCAAGCUACAAAGAUAAACAGCCUAAUUCCAGCUACCUCUUUGUAAAAAUAGAAGAUCCUAAAAUGCUGCAAAUGGUGAAUGUGAUCAAGAAGAUUUCAUCAGAUGGUACAAACUUUACCAUAAAUCUGGUGACUGAUGAAGAAGGAGAAACAAAUGUGACUAUUCAACUGUGGGAUUCUGAAGGUAGGCAAAAAAGACUCAUUGAAGAAAUCAAGAAUGUGAAGGUCAAAGUGCUUAAACAAAGAGACGGUCUUCUCCAGGAGUCAAUGCAUAUUGAUAGAAAUAUCCUAAUGCUUAUUUUACCACUAGUACUAUUGAAUAAGUGUGCAUUUGGUUGCAAGAUUGAAUUACAGGUGUUCCAAACAGUAUGGAAGAGACCUUUGCCAGUAAUUCUUGGGGCAGUCACACAGUUUUUUCUGAUGCCAUUUUGUGGAUUUCUUUUGUCUCAGAUUGUGGCAUUGCCUGAGGCACAAGCUUUUGGAUUUGUAAUGACCUGCACAUGCCCAGGAGGGGGUGGGGGCUAUCUCUUUGCUCUGCUUCUAGACGGAGAUUUCACGUUGGCCAUUUUGAUGACUUGCACAUCAACAUUACUGGCUCUGAUUACCAUGCCUGUCAAUUCUUAUAUAUACAGUAAGAUAUUAGGGUUGUCAGGUACAUUUCAUAUUCCUGUUUCUAAAAUUGUGUCCACACUCCUUUUCAUACUUAUACCAGUAUCAAUUGGAAUAGUCAUCAAGCGUAAAAUGCCUGAAAGAGCAAACUUCUUGGAGAAAAUAAUUAGACCUCUGAGUUUUAUUUUAAUGUUCGUAGGAAUUUAUUUGACUUUCAGAGUGGGAUUAAUAUUUUUAAAAACAGAUAACCUAGAGGUGCUUUUGUUGGGUCUCUUAGUUCCUGCUUUGGGUUUGCUGUUUGGGUACUCCUUUGCUAAAGUUUGUAUGCUGCCUCUUCCUGUUUGUAAAACCGUUGCUAUCGAAAGUGGGAUGUUAAAUAGUUUCUUAGCUCUGGCCAUUAUUCAGCUGUCUUUUCCACAGUCCAAGGCCAAUUUAGCAUCUGUGGCUCCUUUUACAGUAGCCAUGUGUACUGGAUGUGAAAUGUUACUAAUCAUUCUAGUUUACAAGGCUAAGAAAAUAUGUAUGUUUUUCUUACAAGAUAAAAGGAAAAGAAAUACCCUAGUCUAACAAUUAAAGCAUUACUGAAUUCCUAUUCUGGGUAAGGCACUGUGGGAGAGUCAAAGAAUAACUACAAUGAUACCUGCUCUAAAGCCAGUUAUAGUCUAGUUAAAAAUCUGACAUUGGGGAUAGAGAAUACAUAUGUGUAUGUAUACACACACACACACACACACACACACACACACACACAUUCAUACAUGCCAAGCACUCAAUGAGUGGUGGAGAUGAUAAUACAAAAGUUCAAAGGAAGGAGACAACUUUUCCACUGUGUUGGUUUGAGAAUGUUUUAUAGGCUAUGAUGUGAAUAUGAUACUUCCAGUGGUCUCCUAAAUGAGACAAAGUAAUAAAAAAGUGAUUACGAUAUAUCCUAAGUAUUUAAAUAAGGAACACCCAUAGAGCAGACAUUUGGUCAAUUCUCAUUCAGUGAAUGAAUUUGUAAAUUUCUAUUUGGUGCUCUCAUUAGCACAUCAAAAUGAGUGUGUUUUAAAGUAAAUGUGGCAUCUCUGCUCUCAGAGAUGAGCUUUCUCCUGUCUUCCGUGUUAACCCACCAGAGGCGUUACCAUUUACCCUGAAACACAGGGUCAGCUCUUCCACCUCUUCUCUCUUCUGUCUUCCUUCUUUACAGUCAACGUAGUUCCUACAGAAACAGCCUAUAAUAUGAUUGCCAGUGCUCUUCUCAGUUCUCAGUGCUAUCACUUUUUUUCUGCACUCUAUUGUUUCUUCCCUAAACCUUUCUAAAUUGGCUUCCUGCUUUUUCCCUAUUUCCUAGCCUUAUGAUUGAUUGUAGGCACAUUCUUUAAUCUCCUUAUAGUCCAGUUUUCUCACAUAACAAAUGAAGCUAAUGGUGUCAACUCCAUAGAUUGGAGGGUAUACAUGUACAGGGCUUAGAAGAGUGCCUGGGACAUAGUAAGUGCUAUUAUUUUAUCAGUUUUAACUUUCAACCCUGGUAGAUCUGCUGCUAGUUUGAAAUAGCAAUCAUAUAACUAUGUAUGGGGCCCAAAACGGUCAACAUUUUCUAUCACUACUGUUCACAAUCUUGAUCAUAGAAUUACAUAAUUUUUAUUUACUUUGCCAGUUGAUAAGAUAACCAAGGCUUUUUUUUAAAUGCCACCAAAACCAAUAUAUGACUACCAAGAUUUGUGCAAAAUAAUGAUAAUUGCCUAAGUAGAAUAUGUUAUUCUUUUAAACGGAAAUACCCACUAUGGGUUUAAAUAGAAAUACUUUUGUCCAAAUUUAACCUACAUAAUGUUUUUGUUUGUUUGCUUUUCAUUUGGAGAUGGAGUCUCACUCUGUCACCCAGGCUGGAGUGCAGUUGGUGCAAAGUCCACUCACUGCCUCCUGAGUAGCUGGGAUUACAGGCGCCCACCAUGAUGCUCAGCUAAUUUUUGUAUUUUUAGUAGAGACGGGGUUUCUCCAUGUUGGCCAGCCUGGUCUUGAACUCCUGAUAUCAGGUGAUCCAAACUCACCCUCCCAAAGUGCUAGGACUACAUACAUACUCUGAAUAAACGUAUUUUACUACUUGGGAGAUGGGACACCUACCUUUCUAGUUAUACUUUAUUAUUAACCUUGUGACCUUGACCAAGAUACUUUUCUUCACUUUAGUUUUCAAAUUUGUUAAAUAAAGAGAUUCAACUGAAGGUUAGAUCUUAUACAACUCUGUAAGUCUGUGAUUCCGGCAUAGAACUGUAGAAUCUAGUGUUUUGAACAGGGUGAUAGCAUAAAGUAAUAAAGAUUUAGGAUGAUGAGAAUAGUUGCAUACUACAUUUGCUUUCUAAUUAGGUAAAUAAACAUACUAUGAGCUUCUUUAGGACAAGGAUCACUUACUGCUUUUUAAAAAAUUUCCUACUGUUAGCUCUGAAAGAAAAAUAAAUCUUGGGGCCCCCAUAUCACAAAGCUAAAAGGAAAAGUCAAGCUGGGAACUGCUUAGGGCAAACCUGCCUCCCAUUCUAUUCAAGGUCACCCCACUGCUUACUGAGAUAAAUGCAUUCUGAUUGCCUCCUUUGGAGAGACUAAUCAGAAAUUGAAAAGAAAGUAACCAUUUGUCUCGUAACCUGUGACCUAGUAGACCCCUCCAGCUUCCACUUUUCCUGCCUUUGCUUCCAGUUGUCUGGCCUUUCCAGAUCAAACCAAUGUUCAGCUUACAUAUGCUGUCUGAUGUCUGAUAUCUCCCUAAAAUCUUUGAAACCAAACUGUACUCUGAUUACCUUGGGCACAUGUCAUCAUGAACCCCUGAGGCUGUGUCACGCGUGUGUGUCCUCAACCUUGGCAAAAUGAACUUUCUGAAUUAACUGAGACCUGUUUCAGAUACUUGGGGUUCAUGCUCCGCAAUGAUUGAAAAGAGUAGGUCCUUAUAAAACACUUACUGAACAAAUUAAUCAGUGAUGUCUAUGAAGGUCAGGAUCAGAUACUCUGGAGCCACACUGUGCUUGGGCUGCACUUCUAGCACUGUCCGUUUACCAGCUGUGGAACAUUUUGGUCAAGUUACUUGAUUUCCCUAUACCCAAAUUCAUGUUGAAAAUAGCAAUAAUGGUAGCACCUACCUUGUGGUAUUAUUAUGAGGAUCAAGGGAAUGAAUAUGAGCAAAGUCCUCAUAACAAUGCCUGACACAUGGUAAGCCCUAUUAUUAUUUUUGUUACUUUUUGCUUAUUUAAAGAAUCUGAUAAAGUAGUUGAAAGGGCAUGGAUGGGAUUUGGAAUAUAUUUUAUUUCUUUAAUAGAUGUAUCAAGGAGGACAGACUUUACAUAGUAAAACUUGUCCAAAAAUAUGGAUAGGGUUGGGGUGACCCAAGUUAUCCCUUAAAAAAAAAAAUAAGAAUGAGAGGCAUAAAGCAGAUUGUCUGAUCAGUUGAGUUCAUACUAUUUUAAACAGCCACAAUUAGAUAAAGAUCCAGAGAUAGAAUGGUUAUGCCAGUUUUUUUUUUUAAGUUUCCAUCUCUUAAAGGAGACGAUUUUAUGAUACACGUAUUUUUAUGUCUUGGAAAGCUGAUGGCAUUAUAAGGGUAUGUCAAAGUCUUAACCAAUAUAUGCCACUCCAAUCUGUUAUAUCUAAACACGAGACCUGAUUAGAUAUCCUUGUACGCUCCAUCCUUGAACAGCUGUACGUGAUGUAUAUAAAUUUGAUCAUUUAAAUCAAAAUCCACUUAAAUAGUUAUUAUAGCUAUGAACAUUUUGGCCUGUGGAACCCGAAUUAUUUUUUAAUGAAGAGAGUGAUUAUUUAAAAGAAGUCAUCUCCAAAGACUAAGUGUAGUUGGCAAGAUGCCCACAAUUUCUGGGGAUUGAAUUCUUGUGGUCCCUCUUUAUCAUACAAAUACAGAACGAGGAGGCACCUGUUGCCUACUGGGAAGGAUGACCAGACUAUUUUGUGUCCUCACAAAGGCCACCCUUCCCUAGAACUCUCUUGUGUACACUCGGCUGUCUAGGAAAGUGUCAGGGACAUUGGAUCUCACCUCUCCUUCAUGCUGAGGUUCAGCGUAAAUACAGCCUCUCCAAUAGAUGGAAGUCAGCUGACAGGAAAGGAUACCAAAGGCCUCCAAGAGGGAACUCCCCUUAGGGAAGGUUGGAAGAGUGAGGAGCUGGACAUCAUGCCAGGAAGCAGAGUUUGUGCUCCUGUCCUCUGCCCCCCACAACCACCUGGACACAGCGGAUUUCUUAGGUUUGGGAACAAUGGGUGCAGAUGAGACUGUAGUUUUCAAAACUGCUCCUUUGGGAACUCAAGGACCAUGCAUCUCAUACUGAGGUGUCUGAAGCCAUCCUUCACAGCAUCAGAGAAAAGAUCCUUUGGAUUUGUAAGACAGUUUGCACCUUUGCCACAAUUGAGUCUGAACCCUAAGACUUCCCUGCGCACUGGCAGAUUUUCAUUUCACUUUCAGUAGCCAUUUGGAAGCGGAAAGGCCUCUUUGGACCGAAAAAAAAAAAAAAAAAAAAACACAACAACUGAAUUACCUGAGAAAAAAUGUGAAGUAGCCACUGAGGUGAGGCCUCUCAGAGAAACUGGACUUCCGGCUCACCUGACAUAAGAAGCUUGAAAGGUUUUCUUUGAAGAGAUAAGAUAUUUGAUAUUUAAUUUAUUUGACUUCAAAUUGGUUAUGCUGAUUUUAGCAGCUUUUCAAGUCACUGAAUCCACCAUGUUCAUUUACAUAAACAGAAGAUGACUGAUGACUUUUCUGCCAAAACUUAGGAAAUAUUAGUUGGUUAUGAAUGAACACUUGUCAGCAUGCAGUUGGCAAGAUUUUUAUUUUAAGAUGAUUGGCGAUGAAAAACCGAAAAACUAGCCUCUCUCUUUUUUUUAAUUUAAGGAAACAAAAGUAUCAUUUGAUAGAGACAAAAAGAGGUAUCCAAACUGGGUACUCAAGGCAUCACUCCUUUUUGAUAAAAGAUAUUUCUUGCUCCUUGUGAGGUGUGAGAAUUGUGUCCAGUCCACAUCACUCAUCUCUAAGACAUUUCAUUUCAAACGUAUUGGUGACAUCUUGUCUUUUGAUUAAACGAAGAGAAACAAUAACUUUCUAAGGAAAGAGCCAAAUAACUAACUUACUUCCCUGGUCCAGUUAUAGUCAGGACAUCUUAUAUUUGUGCUCUGCUUUUUGCACUAUAAUGAUGUAUGGGACCAUGAUGUCACUCUCUUUAUUCAUUUAUUUAUUUAUUUUGAGAUGAAGUUUCACUUUCGUUGCCCAGGCUGGAGUGCAAUGGUGUGAUGUUGGGUUACUGCAACCUACAGUAGUCAGAGAAAAAUUUUUGCUUCUGAGGCCUUCAUUGUGGGGUGUCAUUUUCUGAACCCCAAAACUUUGAAGUCAGUGUGUUUCACUCUCUGCUCUUGCUGUGUGAACCGAGGACAAAUCACUUAACUUCUCUGACCCUCAGUUUCCUCAUCUGUUUGACAAAGCUAAUCAUACCUUUUUCAAGAAACUGUUCAAACUUUAAGGAAAAUAAUGCAUACAGAAACACAGUUCAGCCAGGCAUGAUGGGUCACGCCUGUAAUCCCGACAUGGGAGGCUGAGGGGUGGUGGAUCAUUUGAAUCCAGGGGUUUGAGAUCAGCCUGGGCAACAUGGUGAAACCCGGUCUCUACAAAAGACACAAAAAUUAGCCAGGCGUGGUGGGGGGCAUCUGAAUACUCAGGAGGCUGAGGCAUGAGAAUCGUUUGAACCCGCCAGGCGGACGUUGCUGUGAGCUAAGAUCACGCCAUUACACUCUAGCCUGGGCGUCAGACAGAGAUUCAGUCUCAAAAAAAAAAAAAAACCAACAAAACAAAAA